AGUGACCUGACAAAGAUGGGUGCCGCAGAGCCUGUGGUAGAGAGAGAAAGUGAUGAUGCAGAGAGAGAAGAUGAAGAGGAGGAGGAGGAGGAGGUGGAGGGGGAGAAUGAGAAGCAAAAAGAUGAUGAUGUAGAAGUGAAGGAUUUGGAGAAAGGUGAAGUGGGUUUUCAUCAUCAUCAACCACACGUGACUGAAACCAACCCACCAGACCAAAUUCACAUCUCAAGGAUGCAAAGAUUGAGCGCCACAAAUCCUCUUAGACUUGUCAUCAACAGUGGAACCAGAGUCCCCCGAGUGCCCCAAGUCCCCCAAGUCCCCCUCUCUCAUUCUCAGACUCGCACCACUCCCUCUCCUGCUCAAUCUCGCUCCACCCCUACCCCAAUCUCACAGCCAUCUUUAACAACACUGAAUUCAAGAUCUUAUACCAACAAAUUCUCUCUGUUUCUGUUCCUUUUGCACUUUGUGGCUGCUUUUGGGCUAGUUGGUUUUCUUGUGUUUAAGGGGGUUCAAGGCCUAUUACAAGCUGGUUCAACUCAAAAAAAGGAGAAGAGUGUAUUGGAAUUUUUUCUGCCUCAGGUUGAGGCUGCUUCUCUUUUGAGCAUCACACUAGCAUUUUCAUGGCAAAAAGCUGUUAGAGUGUGGCCUACAUUCAUGGUUCAUUUCAUAAUUUGGAGCAGUUUCAUCAUGUCCUUAUCCGCCGGAAUUCUCCUUAUUUGCUUCCAAAAAGCCCCCACCGAUGGCGUUGGAGUCCUGUUUCUUGCAUUUGCCAUUGGUAAUGGCUUGUAUGCUUGUUGGGUUUCUCACAGAAUUGCUUUUUGUUCUAAAGUCUUGAUUAAAUCACUUGAACCCGUAUCGAAAUUCCGUGAUUUGAAUCAACCCACUUAUUGGAUGCUUGGGGCUGGAUUCAUGUGGAUGUCUCUAUGGAUUCUAGCUGUGAUUGGGUCCUUGAAUUUUUACUUCCAACCGUUGGUUAUAAUUGCAUUGGUGUUGAGCUUGGCUUGGACCGCUGAAGUCAUGAGGAAUGUCGCUAAUAUAACAGUUAGUAGGGUAAUUGCCUUGUAUUAUCUCAGAGGAAUGCAAUCUAAUACUCAAUUCUGCUUCCAAAGAGCCCUGUCUAAGAAUCUAGGAAGUGCGUGUCUCGGGUCCCUCUUUGUGCCUGCAAUUGAAGCUUUGAGAAUCAUUGCCCGAGGCUUGAAUUUGCUCGAGGGAGAAGAUGAGUUCAUGUUUUCUUGUGCACAUUGUUGUCUCAACGUCAUGGAGUCCAUCUUCAGAUAUGGCAAUGGUUGGGCCUAUGUACAGAUAGCGGCAUAUGGAAAAGGGUUUGUGCAAGCAUCACAAGAUACUUGGAAGCUAUUUCAGGAGCGAAAAAUGGAAACCAUUGUUGACUCGGACAUGACCAGCGCAAUCUGCUUCCUCACAGGAGUUUGCAGCGGCUCAAUCUGUGUUAUUGUUGUAGCUGCUUGGACUGCUAGAGUCCACCAGGGUUUCACAGCCACUAUCUCCCUCAUAGCCUUCUUCAUCGGCUACCUAAUGACCAGGAUCGCCAUGGCACUGCCUCAUGCUUGUGUGAGCUGUUACUAUGCGUGCUAUGCUGAAAAUCCCGACAACAGGCUGUUUGAUAAAACAAUACCAGAUCGUCUCAACUUGAUAGAAAGUGGUCGCGAUGUGGUUGUACCUACACCCCGAGUGCCCCGUCGGUUCACAACUUAGCUUAGCUCCUGAAUAAGCUUGGGGGCAUGGUAUGAACCAAUCCAAACUACAAAAUGUACAUAUAUGUAUAUGGGUAUGGUUUGGCCAUGUGGCCAAAGGUGCUGUGUAUUUGUAUGAGUACACUCAAUUAUUGAGAGAGAUAAGGAUUUGACAUCCAGCAAAAUGGAAAGUCCAACUAAUUUUCCUAGUGUGGUGGUGAAGAUGGUGAUAAUGAAACUUGUGAAUGUGAAAGUUCUGUUACUGUAGGAUGCUUUUGAAAAUGGGGAGGCAUGAGGAGAGAACCCACAGAGAUUCCUAUCAACAAGACUCCAUAAACAAAAGUGUCUUUUGGACUUGUCCUCUGUACCAUAUUUUUUAUGGUUUCCAUCACUAUAUUCAAUUGUAGCAAAUCCCAUCAUUAUUUUAUUUUUGUUUUUAGUUUUGUUAAUCCUGUUAUUUUAUUAUUUUAGUUAUGAAAAGAUCAAGAUCAGUUUUGAUUCUUUUUGAAAAGUUCUUUUACUUCCUAACAAGUCUCAAGGAUUAAAGAA